AUGUGGCUGACCAAACAUGAACGGGAAAUAUCUAUUAACAGUGACAACCCGCCACCAUUGUGUAUUCAGAAAGAAAUAUCCAAUCCUCAUACGCCAUUGGUUCCGAUUCCCGUCAUUGAUAUCAGUUUACUGUCAUCUGAGGAACGAGAAGAUGAUGAGCUCGAAAGGCUUAGAGUGGCUCUCACUUCUUGGGGUUGCUUUCGGGCUAUAGGCCAUGGAAUUGAAAGUUCAUUUCUUGACAAAGUACGCGAAAUCGGAAAGCAAUUCUUUGUUCUUCCCCCGGAAGAGAAACAGAAGUUUGGUCGUGCAGCUAACGAUCUUGAAGGAUAUGGAAAUGACCCCAAUGUUUCCCGCAAAAUCAUUUUUAAUCGGUCCGAACGCAUUCUAAUUAAGGUAGCCCCUGAAGACCAACGAAGACUUGAACGUUGGCCCAGCAACCCCAGUGAUUUCCUAGAAGUAUUGGAUGAAUAUUCAGCCAUAAUGAAAAGCAAAUCGCGCCUUCUGCUGAGGGCCAUGGCUAGAUCGUUGAAUCUGGAAGAGGAUUGCUUCUUGAAUGCAUAUGGAGAUGAAGAGCUGAUAGGAGCAAGGUUCAAUUAUUAUCCAGCAAGUUCAAGUUCAGAUAUAGUUCAGGGUGCUGAACCUCACUCAGAUGGAUCAGGAAUAACAAUUCUUUUACAAGACAAACAAGUGGAAGGCCUCCAAGUUCUGAAAGAUGGUAAAUGGUCUAGGGUUCCCAUAAUUCCUGAUGCACUAGUUGUCAAUGUCGGCGAUCAGAUGCAGAUAAUAAGUAAUGGAAUAUUCAAGAGCCCAACGCAUAGAGUAAUAUUGGAAUCAAAGAAGGAGAGGAUCUGGGUGGCAGUGUUCCACUUGCCCCAAUAUGAGGUAGAGAUCGGACCAGUUCAAUGUUUGAUUGAUGAAAAUAGACCACAACAGUACAGGAACCUCAAGAAUUAUCGCGGACAUUACGAGGACAGCCUCUUUCAAGGAAAGGCGCCACUGGAGAUCCUUGUGAACAAAAUUGGUAAAUACAUUUCAUGGGUGCUAGUUGGUUACAUCAGUGAACCUCACCCAGAUGGAUCAGGAGUAACAAUUCUUCUACAAGACAAACAGGUGGAAGGCCUCCACGUUCGGAAAGAUGGUAAGUGGUCUAGGGUUCCCUUAAUUCCUGAUGCUCUAGUUGUCAAUGUCGGCGAUCAGAUGCAGUUAAUAAGUAAUAGAAUAUUCAAGAGCCCAAUGCAUAUGGUGGAAUCAAAGAAGGAGAGGAUCACGCUGGCGGUGUUCCAGGGGCCCCCAUACGAUGUACAGAUCGGACCAGUUCAAUGUUUGAUUGAUGAAAAUAGACCACAACAAUCUUCUGUUGUUUGGUCUUGGUUUUGGUCUUUUGCUCUGCGUUUUCAGGUUUUUCCUGAAUUCUAA